UCUGAAUUGUUUCAAUUCUGAAGUCGAUCUUUCUCGGUUUUCCCGCCAUUUCCUCUUUUGUUUCGAGCCGGAGUUGUAUAGUACGGGGCGCCCGGUCUUUUUCUUUCUGGGGGAUCCUCUACAUUUUCUUUGUUCUUGAUAUAACUGCGGAUUGCUAGAUACUUAGCCUCUCGUUACUCGGAGCUGCACACCACCGCUCGGCUGCGGGAAUCUUUAUGAUGUGAUGACUGACGAAUAAUGCAUCAGUGGGUUGGAUCGAUAUAUGGGCUCUCUGACAAUUGCUGUGUCUUCGUUCGGGUGUUUUCUUUCUCUUUGUCUUUUGGUUUUUUUUGUCCGGUUGCAUGUUUUGGCGUUCUCAUCACCUCCGGUCUGCUGUCCAUAGUGCAUGAAGAUACCCCCGGCCUUGAUCUCGAGCUCAGCUACGAGGUUAUGGAAGGAGUUUCCUACUCUGGUCGUGGUGUGGCUUCGAUUGUGUGUUCGGCUUCUGUCUAUAUCUAUCCAUUGCGCUCUCCUUAUGGUGUCCAAGUGUGGCCCUCUGUGUAUUUCAUUAUAUGUGUCUUUUUUUUCUGCGACAGUGAGGAUUCAAUUAGCAACCAGCUGCGGGUAAAGUGAUAAAUGUCAGAGAUUCAAUUCCAUUCCAGUUGUACUUUGUAA